UGGGAUGUCUGCAGAUGAUGCUUGCUUCGUUGCCAAAAAACUGAUGAUGAAAUGCCGUGAUAAAGGAUACCCUGCACCCUCCACGAUGCUGUUGAACAGUGUCUUCAAUAACAGUAACCUGGCUGCUGGGAGAAUAACCCCUGACCAGUUCAUCACCUUUCAGUCCACUUUUCUCCAAGUCCUGAAUUCAGUCACUGGGGGCACAAACAAGAAUCCACUUGGUCAGCUCGCCAUGAAUGCCUUUGAAAAGAUGAAAAGCAACACGUGGAACUGCAGUAGUCUCCCCGCCAUGAUAAAAACAAUGAGGGGCUCCUCUAACCUUUCUGUGUGCUACGUGGAAGCAUUCAUGGCUCCUCUGUCCUGGGCGACUUUGACGUCUCAGAGUGGAAACUGUAACUCAAACGACUACGACACUCUGCUGUUAGCUUCCAGAUCUGUGCUGCUAGAUGUACCCUCAGCAAGAACACAGCUCCCCGCUAAAGUCGAGAGCCAAAACAUGGGGAAGAUGAUGAACAUGCUGAAGGAGAUGUACGACACCAUGACUGAGGACCAAAGGACGGAGGUCUUCAACUGGGCCAAAGAACAAAUCCUCCAGAACAACUUCAGCUGUACACUGAAGAAAACAUCCAACUCCAAAUCAAAAAUGCUGGAUAUCUGCAAACCGACGCUGAAAUGGCUGAAUGUGGACGGACUGAAUAUGAUUGGGCCUUACAUCUCCAGUUUACCACUAAAUGAUCUUGACUCUGCUUCCAAAGACACUCUGUGUGACUAUUUCAGCUCUGCUAAGCUCAAAUCCAGCCUGAGUAAAGCAACGAGGAUAAGCCCCAGCUUGGCCAAGAAGUUUCUCCAAAAUGUUCAGCAGUGCUACACUCCAAAGGAUUUUCCAAACCAAAUAGAUAAUCUCGGCCCGCUGGCUUGUUUUUACAAGGCUGCUUCAAAUUUGACUCCUGACCUCAGCAAGAAGCUCCUCACUCAGCUUGAUUCCUGUGACGGCUCCACAACCGAAAAGCUGAAGAAGGACAUUAUCAGCAGCAUGUUGUCAGGUCCCAUCAGCGCUCAAGCUCUGCGUGACCUGGGUCAACACGUCACUUCACUGACACCCAAACAACUGAGCGACCUCCCUAAGGACAAUCUUAAAGAUGCUCUUCAAAACCUGGGCUCCAGUGUUGAAUGGUCACGAAGCCAGCUGCGCUCUCUGGCCAAGAACCAGCUGGGUUCUAAGAAGUGUGGCAACGUGACGACGGAGGAUGUGAUGGCCCUUCAGUCAGUUGCAGCAGGUUUGCCGAGCUGUGCGCUGAAGAACAUAAAGGCUCGGGAACUCCUGGCAGACUCGGAGGCCUUGACUAACAUCACCAAGCAAAUGGAAAAGAGGCAGCUGAAGGCCAUGCUUCAGGGGCUUGUGAGGAACAUGACCGUCUCUGAGCUGCUGCAGAAGUUGUCUGGACCUUUACUUCGCAGCGUUUCUCUGUCUAAUCUGGAUAAAGCCAACAUCUCCCGUUUGGAUGAGGUGCAAAACAAAACUUGGAGUUUGUCCCAGGCUGCUUAUUUGGCCAAGAAGAUGCAUGACGCGAGGAAGCUCGAGUACAGGAGGCUGAAUUCCAUCCUCCGCGGCAUCACCUGUAAGAUGAUUGCAGAAGUUAACAACACGAACAUGCUCGACGUGGCUCAGGCCAUGACAGAAAACCCUGAGUGGCUUUCCAAAGCUCAAGCAGGAUGUGCUGCACAGAAACUUUUUAUGAGUUUGGAGCAAGAGAGAAAGGACUAUUUUAAAAACAUCUCAGAGCAGAAGCUGGCUGCAAUUCCUACAUUGUUACUAAUUUACCUGCCACCAGGGAAAGUGAAGGAUUUACCUGACUCGGUGUGUCAGGUGUUCCUGGACAAAAUGGAAGCAGCCAACCUGAGCUCGUUGCCUCUUCAGGCUCCAUCUCGUCGAGCACUCAGCAAUCGAGCUCUUCUUUGCCUGACCAUUGGAAAGAAUAUGUCUGACCUGACCAGUGCAGACGUGUUGAGGCUUGGACCGCUCGUGUGUGAGGUGGAUCCCUCUGAGUUGACUCUGAUGGCUCCUGAUGUGAUCACGUUCAGCCUCCAGGCCUUGGCUUCCUGUCAGUACAUUCCUCCAAGCCACAGAGCCAAUCUAAUUCAACUGGUCACCGAGAUGUUCGGGGGUCCCUCUAAUUGGACGGCUGACACUGUGGAGCUGCUGGGCCCCCUCCUUCUUCUGAAUGACACUAUUGUGUCUGCUCUACCCAAUGAACCUUGGCUGAAGGAUGUUCUUGUUUUCCUGAGGUCACGUCUCACCCACAUUUCAGAUGCUUUCAAAAAGAAGUUGUUUAAAGUCUCUACUAACCCCAGCACCACCAACAGCACCACAUCAAGUCCGGCACGUAAAAGGAGAGCAGCUGACAGUAACAGUUACAGCAACGCUACAGAACCUACUGAAACGCUGAUUGUACAACUGGGCCAGGAUAACGUCUACUGGACAGCAGCACAGCUGGAAAUGAUGUCAAAUAGCACAUUCCUGGCUACUGUUGAAUAUCUCGGGUCGGUCACUGGCUACACUGCAGAACAACUGGCUGUGCUCCGUAAAAAAGCAAUCCAGGCCUUUGGCCCUGUAGCCCAGAUGGCUGGCAGUGCAGUCUUGCAGCUGGGGUGCAUUACGCAGGGCUUCUCCAACUCUGAGCUGGAGCAGCUUCAGCUGCCGCUCGACGUUCUGGACGACAUUGCCCAGUGUGGCUGGAAUUAUUCACAGUUGUCGUCAGUGUGGAAAAGUGUGUCUAAAUACAACAAUCUGACCGCGGCGCUGCUGGAAGCUCCAGACAUGGUCGGACUAAACCGGUUCAUCUGCGGUCUAAACUCCACUGAGUUCAGUCAGCUCAGCCUGAAUGCCUUCAGGGAUGCCGUGGGUUCAAUGAGUGGUCUUCAGUGCCCCUCUGAGGUUUUACAGCAGCUCAAAACACUUGCUGUGUCGGCGUUUGGAAGCGUCACGUCCUGGACUGAAGCCCAGGUGUCUGAAUUUGACAACAUCAUGGCUGGGUUGGAUGCAAAAGAAAUGUCUUCCCUGGACUCCUCUGUCUUCUCAUUCUUCAGCCAGACUUGUAUUCCACAGGUCCCUCCACAAGUCUUUUCUGCUCUCUCUGUUGCUCAGCUGGAGGCUCUCGGGCCUGACAACGCCGUCAUGGUGACCAGCGAACAGCGAGCAGCUCUAACAGCUGAGCAGCGGGCCGCUCUCAACGUGGCGGCAGCCGGUACGGUCGGCCAAGAUGAGCCGCAGACCCAGCCUGCCGGAGCUGGAGCUCCAGCGCUGAGCGUGGAGGGGAUCUACGCCUUCGUGAAGCCGGCUCUGUUUCUCCUCAUCGGGAUCCUUCUCCUGUGAAGAGCCUGAACAUCCUGCUGCAAAAACAAGACGACGUGUAGUCAUCUUCAUAGAGCACUUACUUAAAAAUGCAGUUCUUCCAAUUUCAUCUUUUGUGUUGAAGAGAUAAAAUACUGUUUGACUGCUGGAGAUUCCUGUUCUUCAGAUCUGUUGUUUUUGAACUGUAUGUUUAUAAGAGAGUCUAUUUUAAUAGAAGGAAGAGGAAUUUAAUGUUAAAAAUUGUUGCUUUGUUAAUAGAGAACAUGCUGAUGAAACGCAGGGGGACAGAUUAAAUAA